AUGAUUAUAUUUCCUGUUGCAGGUCAAAUCUUUUAUGAAACAAUUACUCUCUGGGCUUGAGCAUUGCCACAACAAUGGUGUUUUACAUCGUGAUAUCAAAUGCUCUAAUUUGUUAAUUGACGAUGAAGGAAUCUUAAAAAUAGCCGAUUUUGGGUUAGCUUCUUUUUAUGAUCCUGAAAGCAAGAAACCCAUGACCAGUCGUGUUGUCACGCUCUGGUACCGUCCUCCAGAACUUUUAUUAGGGGCCACUUAUUAUGGGCCUGGUGUUGAUUUAUGGAGUGCAGGCUGCAUUUUGGCAGAGUUGUUUGUUGGGAAACCAAUAAUGCGGGGACGGACAGAGGUUGAGCAACUUCACAAGAUCUUUAAAUUAUGUGGGUCUCCAUCAGAGGAAUAUUGGAAGAAAUCCAGAUUGCCAAAUGCUACUCUUUAUAAACCUCAGCAACCUUACAAGUGUUGCAUAGCAGAGACAUUCAAGGAAUUUCCGCCAUCAGCUCUCGCUCUGGUAGAAACUCUUCUUGCAAUUGACCCUGAUGCUCGAGGCUCUGCCAGUGCCGCAUUAAAUAGUGAAUUCUUUACCACCGAACCAUAUCCCUGUGAGCCAUCAAGCUUACCGAAGUAUCCUCCAAGCAAGGAAAUGGAUAUAAAAUUGAGAGUUGAAGAAGCGAGAAGGCAACGAGAUUUAGGUGGGAAAGCUCAUGCAGUAGAUGGAACCAGACGAGUGAGAGUUCAUGAAAGGGUCGGCCGAGCAAUUCCAGCACCAGAAGCCAACGCCGAGCUACAAGUUAACUUAGAUCGGUUGCGAGUUGAGUCUCAAACUAAUGCUAAGACAAAGAUUGAGAAAUUUCCACCACCCCAUCAGGAUGGAUCGGUUGGAUACCCUAUGGAUUUAUCAUCACAAAAUGGCCCCGUAUCUUUUGGCGCUUCUGAUGCUUCUUUGAAUUCCUCGAUUUUUGAUCCAAAAUCAUCCCGAUUGCUGAGAAAUAAUUCAGCAACAAGUGCAGCUACCCGGAGGAAAAACAAGAAAGAAGAGCCUCAUACGGCUCCUCGGAAAUUCACCAAUGCAUUCUAUCCUUCCUUAAUCGGUUGGUCCAAGGAUUGGAAGUUCAACCGGAGACUAUCAGUCUCAGAAAAUUUUACCGAAAGAAGGUAAAGAAAAUCUAGAGGAAACAAUCUCGAAACUAGGUGUUUUUCCCAUUGUUGGGAUCAAAUAUAAUCUUUCUUGUUAUUGAUUUCAUUCUCAAUUUUGUAAUUAUGUGGGUUUUAUGUAUAAUUAACACAAUUCAAAGUCUCGAGUGGGUUGGUUCAGCAGUCUUCAUGCCUAAGCAAUUCUGUGUCUUCAUUGUGAUCGAUUAUGAAACUUUUAUACGUGGAAUCCCUCAUUUGUUGUAUAGUUAGACUUCAGAUUUUCAUACCUACGAGGUUUAGUUGUAAAGAUUUUGUGUCUAAUCAUGUGCUUAUUGUACUCAAUAUCACUUUUAUUUUUGCAAUUUCAUCAAGGAUUGAAGUUA